GACCGAGGCUGGCACUUUGAAGGUGAUGCUUAUCCCACAAUUCAAGAGCUGGUUAGAAAGCAGUAUGAGUCCAGACGACCAGUCACAACCAAAUCUGGGGCUAUCUUGAAGAAACCUAUCCUGCGAGAGUGGGAGUUACUUAAUGAUGAUAUUGAGUUGAAAAUGAAGAUUGGAACU